AUGUAUGAAGACUCUAAUAUUAUGGAGGUUAAUUUGCCAGAGGAAACCCAUGUACUAUUGGUUGAGAAUAUAAUGAGGUUAUGGAAGGAUAAGCCCGAAAUGUGCAAGUCAAUUUGCCUACACAUCAUGAAAAGACUCCUUAAUGAGGUGUUUUGGCCAGGUUUAAAGAGCAAUGUUAGAUGGAAGACGUAUUAUGCUAUGAGCUGGUUCAUGUAUAGAUUUAAAGAUGAGAAAAUUAGUAUACCUGGAAUAUGCCAACACAACUUAAAUUAUCGCAUAUUGCUAGAGCAUUCAAUAAACUCUGCUCUAAUGGAUUCUCAAGCACUGAUUUUUUGUGAUGAGUUUGUAAGUGAACUUGGGAAUCAACUGGAACAUUUAAAACAUUACAAUAAUAACUAA